AGAUAAGAACCUCUAUAUAGGAGCUAACAACCCAAGAAUGAACAGUACAUUACUACGCCUCGUACAGUGCGCACGUAUCAACAAAAACUCUACUGUUUUAAAUCUCGUUCUAUAUUUCCAUUUCUCUUUUGUUUUCCUAAAUGGCUAAAUUUGUUGACAGUGAUUUCCUUUCCCCCAAUUAGUUUCGUUUCUGUGUUUGUUGUUAAAGACUUUUCAAAGUUCGCUUUCGCCUGUGCUGCAGGUUUUCAACAAUUCGCGUUGACGGUCGCAUACAUGCAUUUCUUUUCGAGCGAAUUGCUGCAAAAAAUGACCAUUACUCUAAUGUUCCGUAUCAACCCGAUCUACUACUCAGAUUACUCGGAUACGAUCUAAUAUUGUAUGUAAAGUCAUUCUCCAUAUCAUUCUGCCAUUGGCUUUACAAUUUCGAUAAUUAUAAGUUUGGCGUGUACUCCAAGGAUAUUACCUGACACUGACAGCGUUUAUAAGUCAACAUGGAUAUUGUGGCAAAUUACAACCCGGUGUUCAAGGCGUUCCUGGCUGGUUCCUUCUCCGGGACCUUCAGCACGGUGCUGCUGCAGCCCCUGGACCUGGUGAAGACUCGUCUCCAGAACCCUGGGCAGCUGGUGGCGGCGGCUAACGUCAAUGGCCGCAUCCAACCUGGCAUGAUAACAAUAUUCGCGAACAUCGUUCGGCAAGAGCACAUCAUCGGGCUAUGGCGCGGCAUGGUACCCUCCGUCGCCCGCUGCGUCCCCGGCGUCGGCCUUUACUUCUCCUCCCUGCACUGGCUGAAAGCCAAGAUGGGCAAGACCAGAAACCAGGAUCUGGGGGCUUUGGAGGCGGUCGCUUUAGGUGUUGUUGCGAGGAGCAUGAGCGGCGUGGCGCUGAUACCAAUUACUGUGAUCAAGACGAGGUACGAAUCAGGCGUGUACAAAUACACAAGCCUGACCGGAGCCCUGAAGGCAGUGUACAAGUCCGAAGGGCUGCGAGGCCUGUCCUGCGGCCUCGGGCCCACGCUAGCAAGGGAUGCUCCGUUCUCGGGGCUCUACCUCAUGUUCUACACGCAAACCAAGCAGGCGGUUCCUAAAGAAUGGAUGCAGUCACCAAGCGCGGCCAGCGCCAUACAUUUUACGUGCGGUGUCAUAGCGGGCAUAGCGGCGUCGCUUGUGACGAACCCGGCCGAUGUUCUGAAAACUAAGAUGCAAUUGUACCCUGACAAGUUCCCUAAUGCGUUUACCGCUGCCCUUUACGUUCAUCAGACAUACGGGAUCAAAGGCUACUUCAAAGGUGCAGUACCCAGAAUGCUCCGUCGUACCCUCACCGCUGCCAUGGCCUGGACUGUGUUUGAAGAGAUUACUAGAUCUAUAGGUCUCAAAUGAUACCCUAAUAAAUGGUCCGAAGAGUUGAAUCUAUAAAGACCUUAAUCGUUUGAAUGCCAUGCGCUUGCGAACCUUAUGGUGAAGAGCUUAGGUUGAUUUUUGAAUGUUGGAGCUGAUUGAACAGAUUUGAUAAAAUGAUAGGAAUUAAACCCAUUUUCGGUACUCUGUUGAGAUUAUAUGUAGUGGUCACAAAAAAUGUAUAUUAUUGUUAAAAAUAAACUAGUAUUACUCGAUGGAAAAUACAUCCUAAUAUGUUGUUUACAUACUCGUUUCAAAUGUAUCCUAAAUAGUUUUAAUAAUAGAUUUUAAACACUGAGUAUUUUAUGGGCCUUUGGUGUUCAGAGGGUUAAGCGCAUACGUUGGCAGAAACUGCUGCACGAAUGUAUAAUGUGAUUAUCGGGUGAUAUGUUCCUGUUAUUCCUGUAUUUAGAUCUAUAUGUAGACUAUAUGUAUAUACGUGUUUAUUUCUUGUUAUGUUUUAUAAGAAUCAGUUCAUGUAUAGUGCUAUAACCAGUUAUAUAAACUUGCUGUCUCUGUUUCUAUAAUUUAUGAUCAAUAAUCGAAUGAUUACUUGUUUAACUGGGUUUAAGUCUUUGAUUUUAAUGUUUACCAUCAGGAAACGAGUGUUGUAGUUUAAUUACGUAAAUGUAUUUUAAUCUAUAUUUUAUUCAUCGUUUUGAAAUGUUAUAUAUUUGAUGAUUAAAUAAAGCUUUGGGCA